AUGUCUUACGUUCCACCACAUAAACGACUUGAAAAUGUUGCAUUGAGAGCAUCCUCUGUUCCACCUUCUCUUCUUAAAAAACACAAUAAAAACGUCGGGAGUACUAAUACAAAGAUAAUCUACGCAAACGGUUACAUUUCUAGAUGGUUUCUCGUUGGUUCGGAUCCAGAGGAUAGCAACUUUCAACUUGUGCCCGGUUCUUCAGAGUGGAGGAAAGACGCAGAAGAAAAAUCUUUGGUAAUCUUAGCGAAGAGUGAUUUGGGAAAACUGGAAAAUCCAUGGUUAUGGGUGACAGAGAAAGUGGAGGAUGACAUUAUAAUGGGAUUUGAUAGGGCAAAGAAGACGUUGCUAGGUUAUGGUGGAUCAGAGGAUGUCAAACUCAGACUGAUCGCUCGGUUUGGAACUCUAAGAGAUGGUCCGUUAACUAAAAGCACUUUGGAGAAAUUGAAGAAAAUGUUUCGUACAAAUGUCCCAAAGUCUUAUGUCGAAAAUGUUGGGUAUAGAGCUGUACACAAAAUGGGAUUUUGUGUUGAAGAAACCAAAGAGUUGUAUCACGUGAAGGUCUCAGACAACACUCGUCCUGAUGUAACCAUUUCAUGUAAAUGUAUGGCUGAGCUUAAUGCUUUGAGGCACUUAAAUCUUGACGUCUCAUGCCUUGAUCAAGAUCUUGACAUGAGGUUGAUGGUUGACUCAAAAAGGACAUUAACCAAUCUCUCUGAGAAUGAGAUUACGAAUCUUAAAGAAUUGACUGAUUCAGCGGUGGUAGAUCCAACUGUGAAAGGUGGGUUAAAGUGGCCACUUGGGAAAUCUUCUUGUGCGGAUCGAUACAUUGUUUGUGGUGUUUGGCAUACUGUAACUACUACGUACAUAAACCAGACUAUGAGGCUUCAAAUCCGAGAGGCUGAUCGAUAUGAUUUCAGAACUGGAGUUGGAGGAACCUCAAGUGAAGUGAAUUUCAAACUAAAAGCAUUAAGUACUAUACUACUAAAGGAGGAAGAUGUGGAGAGGAAAUGUGUUUCAGACAUGCUGAAAGAUUGUCUGAAAGCGGUUUGGGAAUACUUUUUGAAAGAAGUUUAG